UCUCUCUCUCUCUCCCUCUCUCUCUCUCCCUCUCUCUCUACCUGAUUCAGUUCCGCUCGGACGCUUUCGCGUACAUGACCGCGUCUCUCUCUCUCUCUGCUCGGCGAGCAGCACCGGACAGACCCACGCGCCGCCGCCGCUGCUGCCGCCGCUGACCUCCGCGACGCUGCCGCCUCACGAGCCUCCCAGGCCGGUGUUACAGGAGCGGGAGACACCGACCUCCACCGGGAGGAGGCGAAGGAGAAGAAGAAGGAGGAGGAGGAGGAGGAAGAGUUGGCCCUGGAUUGGAAAACAAGGACGAGUGUGGCGUCCCGGAACCAGCUGUCCCGUUCGUUAUUCCCUCCUCUGCUCCGUCGAGGCUUCAAGUCUUGCCAAGUUUCCUCUCGUUCCUCCCCUUUCAUCCCUUCUUCCUCCUCCUCCUCUGCAGCUGCCAAACUUUCCAUCCAUCUCCACACCUUCUCACGCCCUCUUCUUUCGCUACUCCUUCGCCUUUUGACUGAACAUGGCGUCCAAACUGAACCCCAACGUCCUGUAUGUGGCGGAGCCGGGCGAAUCACUGGGGUCGCCCCAAGCAGACACAGACAGGACUCACAUCAGUGGAGAAGCUGGAGAGGAGUCGUCGGACAGCGACGGUGAACAAGAGGAAACGUCGCACAAACUGAUCCGCAAAGUGUCGACCUCGGGACAAAUCAGGGCCAAGCUCCAUGUGCUUCUCCCAACUGCUCUGGCUAAUGAUCCAUACCACCAGAAAAGUGUGAAGGAGGGAAUCCUGUUGAAGCAGACCAGCUCGUUCCAGAGAUGGAAGAGGAGGUACUUCAAACUGCGAGGGAGGACCCUCUAUUACGCCAAAGACUGCAAGUCUCUGAUUUUUGACGAGGUAGACCUAUCCGAUGCUAGUGUGGCCGAGACGAGCACCAAGAACAUCAACAACAGCUUCACGGUGAUCACACCAUUUCGCAAACUCAUGCUGUGUGCGGAGAGCAGGAAGGAAAUGGAGGACUGGAUCACGGCUCUCAAAUCGGUACAGAAGUGGGAAACCUAUGAGGCCAGCCAGUUCAACAUGGAGCAUUUCUCCGGGAUGCACAACUGGUACGCCUGCUCGCACGCCAGACCGACCUUCUGCAACGUCUGCAGAGAAGCUCUGCCGGGCGUCACCUCCCACGGCCUGUCCUGCGAAGUUUGUAAGUUCAAGGCUCAUAAACGCUGUGCAGUUCGCUCCACCAACAACUGCAAAUGGACCACACUGGCCUCCAUAGGAAAUGACAUCAUCGAGGAUGAGGAUGGGGUGUCGAUGCCGCACCAGUGGCUGGAAGGAAACCUGCCGGUCAGUGCUAGAUGUGUUGUGUGUGACAAGAACUGUGGCAGCGUGCGGCGGCUGCAGGACUGGCGCUGCCUCUGGUGCAAAGCUAUUGUCCAUAACAGCUGUAAAGAACAAAUGGGGAAGGUGUGUCCCUUGGGUCAAUGUCGAGUGUCAAUCAUCCCUCCCACUGUACUCAACAGCAUCGACUCAGACGGCUUCUGGAAGGCCACCUCGGCGUCAUGCUCCAGUCCUCUCCUCGUACUCGUAAACUCCAAAAGUGGCGACAACCAGGGCGUCAAGUUCCUGCGCAAGUUCAAGCAGCUUCUCAACCCGGCUCAAGUCUUUGACCUGAUGAACGGAGGACCGGAGCUCGGCCUUCGGCUUUUCCAGAAGUUUGUGACGUUCCGUAUCCUGGUGUGUGGAGGAGAUGGCAGCGUGGGCUGGGUGCUUUCAGAACUCGAUAAACUCAACCUCCAUAAACAGUGUCAGCUGGGCGUUCUGCCUCUGGGCACCGGGAACGACCUGGCCCGGGUUCUGGGCUGGGGCGGACUCUGUGACGACGACGCUCAGCUGCUGCAGAUCCUGGAGAAGCUGGAAAGAGCCACCACCAAGAUGCUGGACCGGUGGAGCGUGAUGACGUACGAGGUUCCCGCCACAAACAAACACACGCAGUUGGUGAUGAAGGAGGACGACGGCCUCGACUCUCCUCUGCAGGUGCACAUCACUCAGUAUGCAGACUCUGUGGCCUCGCACCUCGCCAAGAUCCUGGACUCGGACAAACACAGUGAUGUCAUUUCCUCUGCCAAGUUCUUGUGUGGGACGGUGAACGAUUUCGUGACAGAGGUCGGGAAGGCGUACGAGAGAGCCACGGAGAACAAGGAGGAGGCCGAUGCCAUGGCAAAGAAGUGUUCGCUGCUGAACGAGAAGCUUGAUUCCCUCGUCAAGGCCUUGAGUGAGGAAGCAGAAGCUCAGGUGGUGCCAGCAGGUUCGGUUCCCACUCAGGAGAGCGGCGGCUCCAGCCCCGGUGAGAGCGGCAGCGAGUUGGGUUCUGAGGGCAAAUCAUACCGGUCCAAGGAGCAGCUGAUGCUGCGGGCUAACAGCUUGAAGAAAGCGCUGAGGCAGAUCAUCGAACAGGCGGAGAAAGUGGUGGACGAACAGAACCGACACACGCAGGUCCAGAGGAUGUCGUCCUCGUCCUCCAUCAAAAGAGAAAACAGCGAGGAGCUGAAGGAUGCCGAGCCACGUCAAGGAAGCUUAAGUCCCACCUCCCCCAUCGUCCUGGAGAAACCAGAGAGCCUUAACACCGUCACCUUCAAUGAGGACUCGGUACAAUGUUCAGAGAAGUGUGUGAUGAACAAUUACUUUGGCAUCGGCUUGGACGCCAAGAUUUCCCUGGAGUUCAACAACAAAAGAGACGAGCACCCAAAAAAAUGCAGUAGUCGCACCAAAAACAUGAUGUGGUACGGAGUACUGGGAACCAAAGAGCUGGUCCAGAAGACGUACAAGAACCUUGAGCAGAGAGUUCAACUGGAGUGUGACGGCGUUCCCAUGUCUCUGCCGAGUCUUCAGGGUUUGGCUGUUCUCAACAUCCCCAGUUACGCCGGAGGCAUCAACUUCUGGGGAGGAACCAAGGAGGAUAAUAACUUCGGGGCUCCGUCCUUUGACGAUAAGAAGUUGGAGGUGGUGGCCGUGUUCGGCAGCAUGCAGAUGGCCAUGUCCAGAGUCAUCAACCUGCAGCACCACCGCAUUGCACAGUGUCGUCAGGUGAAGAUCACCAUCCUCGGGGAGGAGGGCGUUCCGGUGCAGGUGGAUGGCGAAGCUUGGAUCCAACCCCCCGGUAUUGUCAAGAUCGUCCACAAGAACCGGGCCCAGAUGCUCACCAGAGACAGGGCAUUCGAGAGCACGCUGAAGUCGUGGGAGGACAAGAGGAAGAUUGACAGCUACCGCGCCUCAAGGCCACGCCUCAACUCCCAGCAAUCCAUGGAGUAUCUGACGGAGGAGGAGUGCGCUCAGGUCCAGCAGCUCGGCAUGGUGGCCGACACGCUCAUCAACAAAAUUCGUGAAGCAGCCAAGACUCACAAGCUGGUGGAGCAGGAGUUAGCUCACGCCGUCAACGCCACCGCCCUCGUGCUCACCGAGGCCAAACUGUCCAGCCCUGAGUGUCUAAGUCGCAGCACGGCAGUGGAAAUCGUCAACAGCAGUAAAGUUCUUCAGGCCGAGACAAGGAUGAUGCUGGACGGAAAACUGUUGUCGGGUUCUCCAGAGGAGGAGGAGCUUCGGUCAACUCUGAACAGCCUCAGUGCUGAGCUUCACAAGCUGGACGACAUUCACUGGAUUUCUCCACUCAUGCAGUGCUCAGAGGAGGACUUGGUGAGGAUCAGCAGUAAGACCGGCAGCAGCAGCAUGAAACUGAAAAUCAUUCCCAAGGUGAAGAAGGAGAGAGAGAAGCUCCACAAGCAGAAGUCCAACAGCUCUCUCUCAGGAACAUGGGAAGUCAAAGGUGGCGUUGGUGAAGCAGAUUCCUCGGGUAAUUGAUGUCCUGCCUCCUAUUCUCCUGAGAAACCCAGGGGUGAGGAGCAUCUCCUCCCUUCUGACCUCUGACCUCGAUGCUCAGUGGCCGUGAGGAGGAAAAGGAAAACUAUGUCCUUUUUAUUUUGCCAUUUUUCCCGGGUGUUGUUGAACUUUCUUUGAUGGGCCUUGGCUUUGCACAGCAUCGCUUCACCAUCUGCGUUUUGGUUCUGUCGAACCUGCUUGAGCUAGGAAGUGGGCGUGGCUAAAAGCAAAUCAAGCAGCGGGACGAGGGAGGCGUGGAACGACGGCACUAACUCUUUCGUUGACAAUGUUUACGUGGCGCUCCUUGCAUGUCGAGUGCAGCCAUCCUGUUUUAUAUCUAAAUUAUAUUGCAAUUCUUUGUUACUUUAAUUGUUUUGUUUUGGAAAAUUAUGAAUAUACGUUUAAAGGAAACAUUUUUUUUUUUUUAAAUCUUUCUUAAGAGUAUUUAUUCGUUGUUGCUACUGCCAUGAGAACUUCAACGGCAACGAAACGGAACAAACUGAAACAUCUCAAACUUAUCGUCUACUGAACUUCUCUUAAAUGUUGCAAAAAAUAUACAGAGGAAUGUAUUUGUGUGGACUUGUAUUUACCUGAUAAAAAAAAAAACCAAACAAACAAAAAAAAAGCUGAUGUUCUAAUGAUAAUACAAAUAUGAUUUCACAAAAGUUUUAUUGUUGUGGUUCUAAAGUGGUUGUUAGUCGGCUGUCGUGUGACUAUGCAGCAAAAACUAUUGUUCUUGACGAUGAGUCAUUUCAUCUGUAUUCCAGUGAAGAGAUCCGACUGCUGGAUUAAAAAAAAGAAGAAAAAAAGAUUAUAUAUAUACAUACAUAUACGUAUAUAUGUAUAUAUAUAUAUAUACACACACGGUACAUCUGUUGGAUCUUAAAAAUGUGACUUAAGUGGGAGGAGUUUGUUCAUUUCACUUAUUUUUCAGGAUCAUUUCAAGGUGAAAUGACUCAGAUUUUAAUCCGUUUACAGAAGAAGCAUCAACAAAACUUUGCAGCUACGCAGAAUAUUAAUCUUCAUUUGCCAUAUUUUUUGAUUGUACUUGUAUAUUAUAAGAAUAAGAGUCGGUGGAUAUUAGAUCAUUAUUAUUAUUAUUAUUAUUAUUAUUAUUUUUGCCUCGUCUGUGGUUUAAAAAGCUUUUAUUAUAAUUAUGACAAAUAUAUAUAUUAUAUCUAUUUUUUUGUAUAUCUUAUUUUCACAAUGCUAAUCUGUGAAGCUGCUCUGGCUUUGCUGCGCCCACCCCCAACAAACUCCUGAGCCACUGUGUUUAUAAUCCAAGCCAAUUACUGCUGAUCUGUGUCCCUGCAUGAAAACUUCACCCUCUAGCGCCUCACAGUGGCAGCUGCGUGAACUUUUUUGUUUGUUUUUUCCCACCUUUUUAUCUUUUUUUUAAAAAAGAUUUUCUAAUGUACUCAUUGGAAAGUUAAUCAAUUAACAAAAAGAAAACACUGGAGAAAAACUAAAUAAUUAUAUAUAUAUAAAUAUACUGUAUAAUGUGACCUUACUGCAGCUAAAACAGAAACUUGAAAUAUCCUUGCGUACCUUUGGACGUAGCUAGAAAACGUUGACAAGUUCUUUCCAGAUUUCACUGAAAUUAUCCUUUACAACUUCCCAUAUUUUACUUUUUGCGGCCUUUGUUCAAGAUAAAUGACAACAUUUGCAUAUUUUAUGGUGUUUUUUUUGCCCCUAGUUAAGAGAGGAAACAAAAAAAAGGAAGCUAGCAACAGUCAGUUAGCAAGAAAAAAACGUUUUUGUUAGCCAUCUUAUAUAAAGUACCUUUUGUUGAGGUUUGGAUGUGAUAUUUGCGUUUUUUUUGCACCGAGUUAAGAGAAAAAUAGCCUAGCAAAGAAGUAGGCUAGCAACAGUGAACAAAGAAAAGGGUUUUAUUAGCCAACGUUUCAUUAAAAUAUUUUUUUUAACUCUCAAACCAUGGCUAUCUUAAACAUAAGCUAGGCUAAACGUGUUGUGAAUUUAUAUAUCCCCUAUUUUAAUUCAGUCACAAAUUAGAACGCCAUAAAAUACAAGCUACAAAUGUUUACAACCAGUUAGCCGUGCAGGGGAUUACGGCUUAUACAAAAGCUGGUCCAAACUGUUAAAAAUAAUACGACUCAGUUUUGGUGACUUGUAAAGGGUCAUUCCACUGAUUCUUCAAUUCUUGUCCACUUGAAAUUUUUUAAUUGAUUUUCUUUGUCAUUCAUACUUUUUUUUAAAUCAUGGGCGGAGCUACUGUGAGGCAUUUGUACGUGUUUAGAUCUGGUAGGAUUGUGCUACUGUAUCCAUAGUGUGCCAGCUUUACGCUCUACACCUUAGAGGCUUUAGUGGUGUCGUGCCAAGUUUAUACAGAGUUUAGUGGAUUACGAGACAUACAGGUGUGUGUGAGUGUGUGAGAGUGUGUGAGCUACUUGCGCUUCAGAUGCAAAAGUCGUAUGUCGUACAUUUCAAAGUUUACUGUAUCUUGCCUUGCACUUUACAAAGACGCAAACUUAACGGGAGGGAAAGUACAUUUUACUGUAUGUGUGUGUGAAUCACGUGGUUUACGAGAGUUUAUUUUUUAUUGAUUUAAUGAUGAAAACCUUUAUUUAUGUCCAACAUACACAGAUGAGUGUGUGGGUGAAAUGUAAUAUAUCUAAUCAAAAGGUAACAUUCUGCCAUUGAACACCAGUACGACUGUGCCGUUCCACUGCCACAUCACUGUCUCUGAAAAGUCUUUCGAUUAGGAUUAAGAAAAUGACUUGAUAAAAUUAUUCCAACUUUAAGCCAAAGUUAGUGAAAUUGUCCAGUGUUAUUAUUUAAAAAAAAAAAAUAAAAUAAAGAUGUCAUGUACAGUCUGUAUUUACUGAAUCUUUUCUGUAACGGUUUUGAUUUCGUUGGUAAUUUGUUAUGCUAAAAACUUGACACAAACAGUCUUUUGUGGUCAAAGUUACUUUAACGAGUUUAAAUGUUAACUUGACUCAUGAUUUUUUUCAUUGUUGUUUUUUUCUUUUCAGAAAAAUAAUAAUAUACAUAAUUUGUAGUUUUCAACGGGGAAAAAGACAUUUUAGACUGAGACUCUUUCAGGGAAGAAACUGAAACAACAUUGAUGACUUCAUGAAUCCUCACCCCCUGAUGUGAAACAGACUGUGUGGACAGUGUUGGACUCGAUGUUGCACGAGGUGUUUUAUUGUGUCAUUGUGUGCAGUGUGUAACGACGACGACGUCAGCUCAAACUUUUGGAGAUUAAAUGAAUCAUUGAAGUGUGAA